GUGGAGCGGCUGCGGCAGUGGGCGGGGGAGCAGGCGGCGAAGUUCCGGGAGGCUCUGCGUGAGGCGCAGCCGCGGCUGCUGGCGUCGUUCGAAGAACAGAAAAAACAAGAACAAACUCGAGUUAAUUUUGCAAUUUUGGAAGAAAUAAAAAUAAAAGCAGCAGCAGAAGAAGCUUUAAAAGAAAUAAAAAGCAGAGGUUCUGCUUUCGUGGACUUGGGCGGCUGCUGCUCCGGAUACACCGCAAUCCACGUCGCCGAGCUGCUGCUGCACGAGGCCGCCAAGAUCAACACCACGGGCAAACGGCUCAUUCCCGUGUUCAUAGUCACUGAGCCCGGGCAGCAGCAGCAGCUGCAGCCGCCGCCGCUGCUGCUGGGGCCCCGCGUGCUGCUGCGGGGAGCAGCAGCAGCAGCAGCAGAAAGGAGCAGCAGACAAGCAGCAAACGAAGCAGUCAAGGAGGAGCUCAGGGCCAAGCAGCAGCAGCAGCAGCAGCAGCAGCAGCAGCAGCAGCGCGUGUGCUGCAGGCGCGUGGCGCGGCAGAUAACGGAGGAGCUGCUGGAGAAGAAGGGGCCCCGUUUGGUGCGGCUGCUGCCGCAGCUAGCUGGGGACUCUGUGCUGCAGCGGGCUUCUUCUUUGAAGAGAGAAAAGGCCCUAAAGGGUACUCGAAAAAGACUUGCGGGGGCCCCCCUGCAGCUCUGGGGGGCCCCCCAGCAGUCUUUGCUGCCUCCGCUCUUUCUGCUGCAGAAGCUGGUCCUCGCGCACCGCCGCAGCCUCCACCGCGCGCAGCAGCAGCAGCCGCAGCAGCAGCAGCAGCAGCCGCAGCAGCAGCAGCCGCAGCAGCAGCAGCAGCAGCAGCAGCAGCAGCAGCAGCAGCAGCGGCAGCAGCAGCAGCAGCAGGGGUACUUCUUGCUGGCAGCAGACGGGCUGCUGCUGGAAGGCUCGCGAAUAACCCCCCAAGGAGUCUCUUCAAUUAAACUUCACUUUCCACCUUUUUUUGUCCCCUUGGGGCCCCUCACUUUGCAUGCGUUUUACGGAAGGGCCCUCGCCAAGGCCUUCACCUUCAUUUUGAGGGGCCCCCGGGGGCCCCCCGACGUGCCCCUCGCCUACACCUUCCCGCCCCCCUUCGCCUCGCCCUGCAGCAGCAGCAGCAGCAGCAGCAGCAGCAGCAGCAGCAGCAGCAGCGGCAGCGGCGGCGGGAGGGAGCAGCAGCAGCAGCAGCAGGCGGGGCACAGCCAGCCGGAGGCCAGCGCCGGCGUCGACGCCGAGCUGCUCGAGCAGCGGCAGCAGCAGCAGCAGCGGCAGCAGAUGCUGCUGCUGCAGCAGCAGCAGCAGCAGCACGAAGAGGCCUGCGCCCGCAGCAGCCAACAGUGCCCUGCUGCGCCCCCGCUGCUGCUUCCCAAACACUACAACCCUUUCCAGGGCUGCACGGGGCCCCCCAGAAGCACUUUGGCCGACUUGUACGCCAGCAGCAGCAGCAGCAGCAGCAGCGCAGCAGCAGCAGCAGCAAGCCCUGCAGCAGCAGCAGCAGCAGCAGCGGGCGCCGGCGCGCGGGCCCGCGGCGCCAAAGCUGCUGCAGCAGCAGCAGCAGCGCCGGGGGCGCCUCUCCCCGCAGCCGGCAGCAGCGCAGCAGCAGCACUCCCUCCAGCUCUGCUGCCAGCAGACCUGCUGCUGCAGCAGCAGCCGCCGGACCUGCUGCUGCAGCAGCAGCAGCAGCAGGACUUGUACUUGUCCCCUGACAUCGCGCGGCUGCAGGCGCUGUCCGAGCAGGAGGACAGGGCAGAAGCAGCAGCAGCAGCAGCCGUUGCUGCUGCUGCUCAAGCAGCCGCCAGUGCUGCUGCCAGCGGCCUCUCCCCGCGGAAGCUCGAGCAGCAGCAGCAGCAGCAGCAGCAGCAGCAGCAGACGGAGUGGGCCUCCAGCGGGGCUGCGGGGGGGGACAAGGACGCAGCAGCAGCAGCUGCAGCAGACGGUGAAGGAAAGGAGGACGCAGCAGCAGCAGCAGCAGGAGCAGCAGGAGCAGGCGGAGAAGCAGCAGCAGCAGCAGCAGCAGCAGCAGCAGCAGCGGAGCAGGGUGUUUCGGCGUCGCUGCUGGCGGACUGGGUGCAGCAGCACGACAGGGAGCUGCGUGCGUUGCUGGACGCGCAGCAGCAGCAGCAGCAGCAGCAGCAGCAGGAAGAGCCGCCGCUGCUGCUGGAGGACUGGGAAGACGAGCUGGAGGACAACAGCAGCAGCAGCAGCAGCAGCAGCAGCAGCAGCAGCAGCGGGGAGGAGACGGACGCAGUGCUGGUGGUGUACGUGGGAAGCAGGCCUUCGGGCUCGCCGCUGGCGGAAGGCGACGCUGCUGCUGCUGCAGUGGAGCGGCGGCAGCUGCUGCUGCAGCAGCAAGCAGCAGCUUUGCUGCAGCGGCUGCUGCUGCGCUCCGUGGCCCAAGACAGCUCUCAGGGCGAAAUUGGAGUCCGGGCCUUUUUGCUGCAGCUGCGCAGAGAGCAGCGGCUGCAGCAGCUGCGGGGUUGGGCCCCACACUUUGCUGAGCGGCGGCUGCUGCCGCUGGGGGUUUCUUUGAAGGUGGCCUUUGGCAAGCCCCCGCUGCUGCUGCUGCCGCUCUCGCCCUUCUUCAGGUAG